AUGGUCUCCAUACCUGAAAAACACACGUCUAUCCGCGGCGAAAUUGAAGGCGCCUUUGGCCAGGUAUCCGCCAUUGUCAAUGCUUCCCUUGGCCCUGUCAAUGCCGCCUACCCUCACAGACCCUCGAACGAGCCUCUCAAAAUUGAUGGUUCGAAACGUGCCGACUUAGGGAAGGUAGAACCCGAGGAUAUCCAGGCUCUCCUCGAAUCCUUUCACGACCAGGCACGUGGCGUCCAGGAUGACAGCACUCUCCUCCUCGAGCGCCUCGUAACAGGCCUGUCGCGCCUACCCGAGGACUCGAAGACAGGAAAGCAUCUCACAGACAACUUCGUGAACACUCUGUGGGAUGCCCUGCCACACCCACCUCUUUCGUCACUAGGGGGCCAAUAUAAAUACCGAGAGGCCGAUGGCCGUAAUAACAAUAUCAGCCACCCAAGUCUCGGACAGGCGGGCAGUCACUACGCUCGGUCUGUGAAGCCUGUGAUCCUGCAAAAUAUCCAACUUCCGGACCCCGGGGAUAUCUUUGAUGAGCUCAUGGACCGUGGGGAUGCGUUUGAAGAGCAUCCGAACAAAAUUAGCAGCGUUCUGUUCUACAUGGCCGCCAUUAUCACUCACGACAUAUUUUGUACUAAUAGCAAAGACAACACCAUCUCUGAUACGAGCUCCUAUCUGGACCUCAGUCCAUUGUACGGGAAAAAUGGAGACGAACAGAAGCUGAUUCGCACGUUCAAGGAUGGAAAGCUGAAACCGGACUGCUUUUCUGAGAAAAGGACAUUGGGCCUGCCACCGGGAGUCGGAGUCAUGUUGAUUAUGUUCAACAGGUUCCAUAAUAAAACCGCGACAAUGCUGGCAUUGAUCAACGAGAAUGGCCGAUUUACAAAACCGAAGGACGAUGACGCGAGCAAAUGGGCAAAGUAUGACGAGGACCUAUUCCAGACGUCGAGGCUCAUUACCUGCGGGUUGUAUGUCAACAUCAUUGUGAAAGAUUAUGUGCGCACGAUUUUGUCUUUGAAUCGCACAUCGUCGACAUGGGCCCUGGAUCCACGAUCCGUCAGCACAAAGACUAUGUUCAAUGUUCCCGCUCCAGAGGGAGUGGGCAACAGCGUUUCCGCCGAGUUUAAUCUCAUUUACCGCUGGCACUCGGCCAUCUCGGAGCGGGAUGAUAAAUGGAUCCAGGAGGAGUACGAAAGGAUUUUCCCAGGAAAAAAUCACAAGGACAUGCCACUCCAUGAACUCAUGGGAGGGCUUGGAAAAGUCGUCGCUGGCCUGCCCGAAGACCCAUUGGAGCGUCCAUUUGGCGGGCUUACUCGCAACAAAGAUGGAACGCUACCAGAAGAAGGCCUUGUGGAGAUCCUUACUUCGUCGAUUUUGGAUGUCGCUGGCUCAUUCGGAGCCAACAGAGUACCUACCAUUAUGAGAAGUAUCGAAAUCCUUGGGAUAAUGCAGGCCCGCCAGUGGAACCUGGCAAGCCUCAACGAGUUCCGCCUAUUUUUCGGUUUGAAGGCACAUGAGACAUUCGAGGAAAUCAACCCAGACCCUAUAGUAGCCAAGAAACUCAAGAAUCUGUACGACUCGCCCGACUUCGUUGAGCUCUAUCCUGGCCUUACGGCCGAGAAAGCCAAGCCUCCUCAGGCACCUGGGUCCGGUCUUUGCGUCAACUACACCAUCAGCCGGGCUAUCCUAUCUGAUGCCGUCUCUCUUGUUCGCGGUGAUCGCUUUUACACGACCGAUUUCAAUGGAAGAGCCUUGACAAACUGGGGGUUCACAGCCUGCAACUUUGAUACGAAAGUUGACCAAGGCUGUGUCAUGUACAAGCUGAUCCUUGGUGCCUUCCCGGAUGCCUUCAAAGGCAACUCCAUCUACGCCCACUUUCCAUUUGUCACGCCAGCCGAGAAUCUUGUUAUCCAAACAAAUCUCGACACAGCCAAACUCUACGACUGGAAUCCUCCGAAGGUGACCCCAGAGGUCGUUUCCAUUGAUAGCUAUGAUGCCGUAGUGAAGAUACUGAAUGAUAAGACUAACUGGAAGGUUACUUGGGGAGACUCGAUCGAGUUCCUCGUCUCCCAGCCCAAUGAACGGUACGGCGACACUUACUGCCUCGCGGGUGACGAUAACGCGAACGAGGAAUCGCGAAAACUUGUCAUGAAGGCCCUAUAUCCUAAUGACUGGAAAAAGGAAGUCAAAGCCUUCUACCAAGACAUCACCGAGAAGCUUCUCAAAAAAUACACAUACCAGAUAGGCGGUGCGAACUGCGUCGACAUUACGAGAGACGUGGGCAACUUGGCACAUGCGCACUUCUCAGCGAGCCUGUUCUCGCUGCCGUUAAAGACAGAAGAUAACCCUCGCGGUAUCUACACGGAGCAAGAACUCAGUAUGAUCCUGUCUCUCCUCUUCUUCGCCAUCUUCUAUGACAUCGACCCCAAGAAAUCAUUCCCGCUCAAGACGGCCGCCAAAAUGCUCGCGAAAUCUCUUGGGACCCUCGUCUUGCUCAACGUAGAGUCUGUGUCUCGAUUUGGAAAGAUAGCUGAGUUUGUUGAGAAGAUACGGGCAAAGAGUCAACUUGAGGAUUAUGGCUUGCACACGAUCCAACGGCUACUACAGAGCGGUCUCAGCACGAAGGAAGUUGUCUGGGGACAGCUCUUACCGACGGCGAGUAGCAUGGUAGCGAACCAGAGCCAGCUGUUCUCCCAAGUUGUGGAUUAUUACCUCACAGAAGGCAUCGAGCACUUGCCGAAGAUGCAAGAGAUUGCAGAGCACGAGACAGUUGAGAGUGAGGACCUGUUGUUGCACUAUUUCAUGGAAGGCGCCCGCCUCCGCCACACCGCUGGUCUCUUCCGUGAGGCCGCGGUUGACAUGACAGUCCAAGACCACGAUCGCACCGUCCAGAUUCCCAAGAACCACCGCAUCCUUGCCAACAUCGUGCGCGCCUCGCGUGACCCAGUCGCUUUCCCCGAUCCACUUAAGGUAGAUGUCACACGCCCACUGGACAGCUACAUCCACUAUGGCUAUGGGCCCCAUGAGUGCGCUGGCGUCGACGCGAGCAAGGUCGCAAUGACGACAAUGUUCAGGGCUAUCCUGAGGCUGAAGGGUCUGAGGCUUGAUCCAGCGAACCGGGAAGGGGUGAGGAAGGUGCCUGCUGAGCAUGGCUACACUGUCUAUUUGAAGCCAGAUUGGAGUGAUAUCUGGCCUAUCCCAACGAGUUUGAAGAUUAGAUGGGAUGGACCUGCGUUGGUUUAA